AUGACAGCUAGACAGAAGAUAGUCAGAAAUUCAGAGCCACAAAAGAGCGCGGCGGGCGCAAGGUGGGGGAGGGCGUUUUCCGCCCUUGGGAAGCAUCUGGCUCGGGCGGGGCGGCUUGCUGCGGCUGCUGCAAACUACCCUUUUGACAGGAUCGCUGAGGUGAUGGACGCGUGCGGGAAAAAACAGGCUGCAAAAGACAUAUACCAGAGCCUGCUUGCGGAAGAGAGCGUGCUGGAAAGCGCUCUUGACGUGGAGUAUUCCACAAGCACAGACAGCUUUCUGCGGCAGCACGGCAAGGAGGCUUUUCGCAGCAAACCCCAAGAAAGAAGCGGGCUUUUCGGCGCCGAAAAGUACCGCGGCACGCUUUCUCUAAUACAGCAGGUGAAGCAGGUGGUUGAGAGCACGGGGCUGAUGGCGGACCUUGCAUAUCUUGCGGUUUUGCUCAUGUUCCACCUGAAGAAGAAAGGGCAUGCCAUCACAAAAGAGGCCACAAAGGCCGAGGAGGUUUUCCACAGCACAGAGCCCGCAGAGAAAGAGUGCCGGGCAGACAUGACCCGCUACGACCUCGAGUAUGCGGUAGAAAGGUCGUUUGAGCUGUCGGAAAGCGCGGCGCGCGCUGUGGAGGAGCAUCCUCUGCUAAGGGCGGCAUACAGCGCCCUGUGCAAGUGCAUUCUAGGCGUGCUGCUCAUGAAGAGCAAAGACGGCACAAAGAAAAAAAAGACGCUUGCGUUCUGCUCCGCAGUGUUCAAGUGCGUUAGAAAUGCGCUGGAGAAAAGCAUUUUGCUGGAGCAGAAGCAGGCUCUUCACGAGCCCAAGGCCGAAAACGCGCACGCAAACAGCAGAGGGCAGCUUAUGUGCGCGCCGCGCCUCCGAGAAGGCCCAGAGGCGCACGACCUUGGCGCUUCUGCGUGCUCUGUGCAGGAAAGAGAAAAGGAGAGGCAGACAGAAAUGGCCUUCCAUGCAGUUUUGUCCAUGGAGACUCUGAUGUCAAACACGCUUUUCCUGCAGCAAAGAAAGAAAAGCAUCCAGGCAGGAAGCAUUGUAGAAAAAAGCCCGGGCGAGCACCACUCGCCAGAAGACAUAGAAAGAGUCUGCAAAAACAUGAAGCACGUUGCAGAGGCGGGGGUUCCUACGCCGGUCAUCCAGUGCAGCUACAUGAGUCUGGGCAGCCUGUAA